AUGAAGUCCGUCCUAUCUAUCCUCGCUCUCGUAGCAUGCGCUCUCGCCGCACCGGCCGCAGUUGCCCAGGGUAAAUACAGCACGUACGGCGACUAUAAAAACGUUCCUGCGCCUGUGGGCGGAUAUGGCGACUACAAGAACGUCCCCGCCCCCAAGCCAGCAACCUACGGCGACUACAAGAACGUUCCUGCGCCUGCGGGAGGAAACUACGGGACAUACAAGGGGUAUGCGAAGGAGUAG